CACAUUUCAUACCUGGCAUUGGCGACACCCAUUUCCUGAGCUCCCAAAUUUCCUCGUAUUCUCGUUCCUGCUCACUCACUAUUUAGCGCAGCUUCACACGCACACAUAUCGAGCUCCAGAGAGAGAGAGAGAAAUUCAGGGCGACGGGAAGGUUCGGUUUAGGCCAGGUCCCGGUUGAGGGAAGGAGAGCUCAAAAAUGGGGGUUAGGUCCGCUGAUUUGGGUGCUGAUGGGUUGAUUUCCGGCGAGAAGAACGCGGUUUCAGACGGAUGAAUUCCGAUAGAGGUUCGGAAAUUAGAGCUCUUCUUCUUGUUAUUGAUGUUAUUAUUUUGUUGAUGUUGUUGGAUACAUCCUAUUCGAGAGCCGACUAUUGGGUCGAGAACUUUACCCGGUAAUGGAUUUGAGAUUGGGAUUUUGGGGAAUUGGGGCGUCGGUCAAUCUGUCACCAGAAUGAGUUGCUGUAAAUGAAGAUUUGAUUUUUAGUCUAUUGUCGACGCAGACUGGAGCAUAUCUGGGCAUUGAAGUAUUGAGUUACCCGAAUUCUCAGUUUUCCUUGUUUCCAGUAGUGACUACUAAAAUACUGGUUGCAAAUAUUUUGAAUGUGAGUUUAAGUAUGCUGGAAUUAAGAUAGUAGACUUUAGUAGCGGUGAGAGAGGUGGUCUUUUUAUGUGAGGAUCGCUGAUGGGGAUGAACACAAUGGAUAUAGCUAAGAUGAAUUUGUGAAGUUGGGAGCUGUUUAUAUUUUGCAUUCUAGUCAGGGAAGAAAUGAAGGCAGGGAGUGCGGCAAAGCUGAUUGUCGAUGCGCUGCUGCAGCGGUUCCUUCCUCUUGCCAGGCGACGCAUUGAAACUGCUCAAGUUCAAGAUGGACAGUAUCUUCGUCCAUCAGAUCCAGCUUAUGAACAAGUAUUGGAUUCUUUAGCGAUGGUGGCUCGACAUACCCCUGUACCUUUACUCGAGGCUCUUUUAAGAUGGAGAGAAAGUGAAUCUCCAAAAGGUGCUAAUGAUGCUUCAACAUUUCAAAGGAAGCUUGCAGUGGAAUGUAUUUUUUGCUCUGCAUGCAUUCGCUUUGUUGAAUGCUGUCCACAAGAAGGACUUACAGAAAAACUUUGGAUUGGGCUUGAAAACUUUGUCUUUGACUGGUUGAUUAAUGCAGACAGGGUUGUCAGCCAAGUAGAAUAUCCUUCUCUUGUUGACUUAAGGGGACUUCUGCUUGACCUAGUCGCUCAGCUCCUGGGUGCUUUAUCACGUAUCAGAUUUAGUUCCGUGACUGAACGCUUCUUCAUGGAACUUAAUACUCGCCGAAUCGAUACUAGUAUUGCAAGGAGUGAAACACUGAGUAUUAUCAAUGGGAUGCGUUACCUCAAACUUGGGGUUAAAACAGAGGGAGGUCUGAAUGCAUCUGCCUCCUUUGUAGCAAAAGCCAACCCUCUAAAUCGCGCCCCUCACAAGCGUAAAAGCGAACUUCACCAUGCACUUUGCAACAUGCUUUCAAAUAUACUAGCACCACUUGCUGACGGUGGAAAAAGUCAGUGGCCUCCUACUGGCGUUGAACCUGCUUUGACCUUUUGGUAUGAUGCUGUUGCACGAAUACGAGUGCAGUUGAUGCAUUGGAUGGACAAACAAAGUAAACAUAUAGCUGUUGGUUACCCUUUGGUAACCCUUCUCCUAUGUCUUGGUGACCCUAAUGUUUUCCUCGGCAAUAUUGGUUCGCACAUGGAACAACUAUACAAGCAUCUAAGGGAUAAGAACCACCGGUUCAUGGCAUUAGAUUGUCUGCAUCGUGUUCUGAGGUUUUACUUGAGUGUCCAUGGGGAUAAACAGCCUCCUAAUCGUGUAUGGGAUUACCUAGACAGUGUUACCUCUCAACUUUUGACGAUCCUCAGAAAAGGAAUGCUCACACAGGAUGUCCAACAUGACAAACUUGUGGAAUUCUGUGUAACUAUAGCAGAACAUAAUCUUGAUUUUGCAAUGAAUCACACGAUUCUGGAAUUGCUGAAGCAAGAUAGUCCGGAGGCAAAGGUGAUUGGUCUUCGUGCAUUGCUUGCCAUUGUUAUGUCUCCUACUAGCCAGCAUGCUGGGUUGGAAAUUCUUCACGUUCAUAAUAUUGGUCACUACAUCCCUAAAGUUAAGGCUGCAAUUGAAGCCAUUUUAAGAUCUUGCCAUAGAACCUAUAGCCAGGCUCUUCUUACUUCCUCAAGGACCACAAUAGAUGCUGUCACGAAAGAGAAAUCCCAAGGGUAUCUUUUUCGUUCGGUGCUAAAGUGCAUACCCUAUCUCAUAGAGGAAGUUGGAAGAAGUGAUAAAAUCACGGAAAUAAUACCUCAGCAUGGCAUUAGCAUUGAUCCUGGAGUUCGUGAGGAAGCUGUGCAGGUCCUGAACAGAAUUGUGAGGUACCUCCCUCAUCGACGCUUUGCAGUUAUGAGAGGGAUGGCAAAUUUCAUCCUACAUCUUCCAGAUGAGUUCCCCCUUCUUAUUCAGACAUCAUUGGGACGCCUUCUUGAACUCAUGCGUUUUUGGAGAGCUUGCCUAUUAGAUGAUAAAAUGGAAAAUGAUGCACUUGAUGCAAAACGUAUACACCGAAAUGAGGGAAUGAAGAGGUCCUCAUUCAAUUCUCAAGAGGCUCUUGAGUUCCGUGCUUCAGAGAUAGAUGCAGUUGGUCUUAUAUUCCUAAGUUCUGUAGAUAGUCAGAUAAGGCAUACUGCUUUGGAGUUGUUGCGUUGUGUCCGUGCGUUACGACAUGAUAUUCGGGAACUCUGCAUGCAAGAACGUCCAGAUCAUAUCUUGAAAAGUGAGGCUGAACCAAUAUUCAUAAUCGACGUUCUAGAAGAGAAUGGGGAUGAUAUUGUUCAGAGCUGCUACUGGGAUUCUGGUCGUCCUUUUGAUCUGAAACGUGAGUCGGAUGCUGUAUCUCCUGAUGUAACUCUCCAGUCUAUAAUGUUUGAGAGUCCUGAUAAGUAUAGAUGGGCUCGAUGCCUUAGUGAAAUUGUCAAGUAUGCUGCUGAACUCUGUCCUAGUUCUGUCCGGGAGGCAAAAUUAGAGAUUAUUCAGCGUCUUGCUCAUAUCACACCAAUGGAAUUGGGGGGGAAGGCUUAUCAAUCGCAGGAUACUGACAAUAAGCUGGAUCAGUGGCUCAUGUAUGCAAUGUUUGCAUGCUCAUGUCCCCUUGAUAGUCGAGAAGGUGGUGGUUCAGUAGCGACAAAAGAACUAUUCCAUCUGAUUUUACCUUCCCUCAAAUCUGGUUCUGAACUACAUAUACAUGGAGCCACCAUGGCACUUGGUCACUCACAUCUGGAUAUUUGCGAGAUAAUGUUCAGUGAGCUUGCAUCAUUUAUAGAUGAGGUGUCUAUGGAAACAGAGGGAAAACCAAAGUGGAAGAGUCAAAAGUCCCGCCGAGAAGAACUUCGUAUCCAUAUCUCAAACAUAUACCGCACAGUUGCUGAAAAAGUAUGGCCUGGCAUGUUAGGCCGCAAACCAGUUUUUCGCCUUCAUUUCUUGAAGUUCAUUGAAGAAACAACUAGGCAGAUUUUGACAUCGCCUCCUGAGAACUUUCAAGAGAUACAACCUCUCCGAUAUGCACUAGCUUCCGUUCUGAGAUUUUUGGCUCCUGAAUUUGUUGAUUCAAAGUCUGAGAAAUUUGAUAUUAGAACAAGAAAGAGACUUUUUGAUCUCCUCAUUACCUGGGGUGAUGAUACAGGCAGUACCUGGAAUCAGGAUGGUGUUGGUGAUUAUCGACGUGAAGUUGAACGUUACAAGUCAAGUCAGCAUUCAAGGUCAAAGGACUCAAUUGACAAGCUUUCAUUUGAUAAAGAACUGGGUGAACAAGUUGAAGCAAUACAGUGGGCCUCCAUGAAUGCAAUGGCCUCUCUGUUGUAUGGACCAUGCUUUGAUGACAAUGCACGGAAAAUGAGUGGCCGUGUUAUUUCGUGGAUCAAUAGCCUAUUUAUUGAGCCUGCACCCAGAGCGCCAUUUGGAUUUUCACCAGCUGAUUCAAGAACUCCAUCUUUACCAAAAUAUACUGGAGAUGUUGGGCGGGCAGCAACCAGCCGUGAUAGGCAUAGAGGAGGUCACCAUCGAGUGUCUCUGGCAAAAUUGGCCCUGAAGAACCUUCUCCUCACUAACUUAGACCUAUUUCCUGCCUGCAUUGACCAGUGCUACUAUUCUGAUGCUGCAAUAGCUGAUGGAUACUUCAGUGUCUUGGCCGAAGUCUACAUGCGUCAAGAGAUUCCAAAAUGUGAAAUUCAGAGGCUAUUAAGCUUGAUCCUUUACAAAGUGGUGGAUCCAUCAAGGCAAAUUCGUGAUGAUGCUCUUCAAAUGCUUGAGACGCUCUCUGUUCGUGAGUGGGCUGAGGAUGGUGUUGAGGGUGCAGGUAGCUAUCGAGCUGCUGUUGUUGGCAACCUUCCUGACUCUUAUCAACAGUUCCAAUACAAACUCUCUUGUAAACUUGCUAAAGAUCAUCCAGAAUUGAGCCAACUCCUUUGUGAAGAGAUAAUGCAAAGGCAACUUGACGCAGUGGACAUAAUUGCACAACAUCAAGUUUUGACGUGUAUGGCUCCGUGGAUCGAGAACCUCAACUUUUGGAAAUUGAAGGACUCUGGUUGGAGUGAUAGAUUGUUAAAGAGUCUUUAUUAUGUAACAUGGCGCCAUGGGGAUCAAUUCCCUGAUGAAAUUGAGAAGCUAUGGAGCACAAUAGCUAGUAAACCUAGGAAUAUAAGUCCUGUUCUGGAUUUCUUGAUCACAAAAGGGAUUGAGGAUUGUGAUUCAAAUGCAUCAGCUGAAAUAAGUGGAGCAUUUGCCACUUAUUUCUCAGUUGCCAAGAGGGUUAGUUUAUACCUAGCUCGAAUUUGCCCACAGCGUACUAUUGAUCACUUGGUUUACCAAUUGGCUCAGCGGAUGCUUGAAGACACUGUGGAGCCUCUGAGACUUGGUGCAAAUAAAGGUGAUGCUGGAGGAAUUGUCCUAGAGUUCUCUCAGGCACCUGCUGUGGCCCAAAUAACUUCCACCGUGGACAGCCAGCCUCACAUGUCACCUUUACUUGUUCGUGGAUCUCUUGACGGACCGCUAAGGAACACCAGCGGAAGCUUGAGCUGGCGAACAGCAGCUGUUGGUGGCAGAAGUGCUUCAGGUCCAUUAACUCCUUUGCCCCCAGAGCUUGGUAUUGUUCCUGUAACUGCUGGUCGCUCAGGGCAACUUCUACCUGCACUGGUCAACAUGUCCGGGCCACUAAUUGGGGUUCGGAGUUCAACAGGAAGUUUACGAAGUCGUCAUGUAUCUCGAGACAGUGGAGAUUACCUCAUUGAUACCCCAAAUUCUGGGGAAGAUGUAUUGCACCCAGGAACUGGCGCUCAUGGCGUGAAUGCUAAAGAACUUCUGUCAGCAUUGCAAGGCCAUCAGCAACAUACAUUGACUCAGGCGGACAUCGCAUUGAUUCUUUUAGCUGAAAUUGCCUAUGAGAAUGAUGAGGAUUUUAGAGAGCAUUUGCCACUUCUCUUUCAUGUUACAUUCGUCUCAAUGGACAGUUCAGAGGAUAUUGUGUUGGAGCACUGCCAACAUCUCCUUGUUAAUCUGCUGUAUUCACUUGCUGGUCGGCACUUAGAACUGUAUGAUGUGGAGCAUAGUGAUGGAGAGAACAAGCAACAGGUUGUCAGCCUGAUCAAAUAUGUCCAAUCGAAGAGAGGUAGCAUGAUGUGGGAGAAUGAGGACCCCACACUAGUCAGGACUGAGCUGCCAAGUGCAGCACUCUUAUCUGCUCUUGUGCAGAGUAUGGUUGAUGCAAUUUUUUUCCAAGGAGAUCUUAGAGAAACCUGGGGGGCAGAAGCACUAAAAUGGGCUAUGGAAUGCACAUCAAGGCACCUUGCUUGCCGGUCCCACCAAAUAUACCGUGCAUUACGGCCACGUGUCACAAAUGAUGCAUGUGUCUCUCUCCUUCGCUGCUUGCACAGAUGCCUGGGAAAUCCAGUACCAUCAGUUUUGGGAUUUGUUAUGGAAAUUUUGUUAACUUUGCAGGUGAUGGUGGAAAAUAUGGAACCUGAGAAAGUAAUACUCUAUCCACAACUCUUCUGGGGCUGCGUUGCCAUGAUGCACACAGACUUUAUUCAUGUAUACUGCCAGGUGCUUGAGCUUUUCUCUCGGGUAAUUUAUCGUCUAUCGUUCAGGGACACGACAACAGAAAAUGUGCUGCUCUCAAGCAUGCCACGUGAUGAGCUCGAUACAGGCAUAUCAGAUGGUCCUGAUUUUCAGCGUAUGGAGUCAAGGAUUGUAGCAGAAGUAUCACCGUCAACUUCAAAAGUUCCUGCAUUUGAUGGAGUGCAGCCUCUCGUCCUUAAAGGUCUGAUGUCCACUGUCAGCCAUGGUGUUUCCAUUGAAGUUCUCUCUCAAAUUACAGUGCCGUCCUGUGACUCAAUAUUCGGUGAUACAGAAACCCGCCUCUUGAUGCAUAUCACUGGCUUACUUCCAUGGCUGUGCUUACAGCUGAGUCAGGAUGCAGUGGUGGGACCAACUUCGCCGCUGCAACAACACUAUCAUAAGGCUUGUACUGUUGCAACCAACAUUGCAAUAUGGUGCCGGGCCAAAUCAUUGGAUGAGUUAGCAACUGUGUUCAUGGCUUAUGCCUCAGGAGAGAUUAAGGGUAUAGAAAAUCUUCUUGCUUGUGUCUCACCAUUACUGUGCAAUGAGUGGUUUCCCAAACACUCUGCUCUGGCUUUUGGGCAUCUUCUCCGGCUGCUAGAGAAAGGGCCAGUCGAGUAUCAACGUGUAAUACUUCUUAUGCUGAAGGCACUACUCCAACAUACUCCUGUAGAUGCUGCACAGAGUCCUCACAUGUAUGCGAUUGUAUCCCAGCUGGUCGAGAGUACUCUGUGCUGGGAAGCUCUCAGUGUUCUCGAAGCACUCUUACAAAGCUGUAGCUCUAUACCAGGGUCCCAUCCACAUGAUCUGGGUUCUUUCGAGAAUGGAUUUAUGGGAAUGGAUGAGAAGAUCCUCGUCCCUCAGACAUCUUUCAAAGCUCGAAGUGGGCCUUUGCAGUUUGCCGGGGGGCUCGGAUUUGGGACAGGCUUGACUCCGUCCGGGCAAGCUAAUGCCAUUGAAUCUAGUACAUCACAAAAAGAAUUAACACUGCAAAAUACCCGUUUGAUGCUAGGGCGAGUCCUUGAUAGUUGUGCUCUUGGUCGACGGAGGGACUACAGAAGGCUGGUCCCCUUUGUAACUACCAUUGGGAACUUGUAGAUCGAUCCACACCAUGCUUCUUCGUCCUGCAUGUGGUUUAUUACAGUCCACUGGGGAUGGGUGGGAGGGAAGGGAUGUCUGGUUAAUGUAAAUAGUUAUUUACCUAAUUAGAUAUAGUUGUUGUUCCAUGAUGUGAGGUUGAUAGGUUUUGUUCAUUGGUAGGAGGUAAUAUCUCUUGCAUAAGUUUUGUGAAAACUUUGUUAGUUUAUGGAGUACAUGCUAUGAUCUCAAUUGUUGGUACAUACAUUCAGCUGUGUGGAAUGAGAUGUACAUAUAGAUAUUUUUGUCAUGGAUUACUGGGUAGCUAUAUAUCAUCUAGGCUUUGAAGCAUUUUUUAGCACUGUGUCGGACAAUUUUAUCUUUGUGAUACUUUUUCCAUUAUUUAUAACUGAAUGUAAAUUCGAAUUUUGGUGUUA